GAAGAAGCAGAGGAAGUCCCCGAGUCCCCGCCGGGCACUCGGCAGCCCCGAGGGGUCCCCGCAGCUGCGGGGCUGCUCCGGGGGGGUCCCCGAGAUGUCCCCGAGAUGUCCCCGCUGUCCCCCGGUGCUGCUGGCGCUGCUGCUGGGGUUGGCUCGGAGUCAAGGGUCCCAGGAAUGCCGAGAUCAGGCUGUGAUCGCCGGGGGAUCGCUGUGCCUGGUGCCGGAGAAACCUUCGUGGGAAUGGAUGGAGAUCCACUGGAGAGUGAAAAUGGAUUCAGGAUCGCAGUACAAGAUCGUGACAGCCAGCAGGGACAGGGAUGUCCAGGACAUCAAAGGUCAUUUCCUUGGGAGAGCCAAAUUCCACUGGGGAAAUCUCUCCCUGUGCAUCUCCCCCAUUCACAAAACCGACAGCGGGGUCUAUAAGGUCGAGUUCGAGAAUUCCUCAGGGAAUGUUGAGACUUCUGGGUGCUUCCGAGUGUCCGUGUGGGACCCCAUCCCGGAGCCAUCCCUGCAAUCCCAAAUCCUGCAGCAGGAUCGGGGUUGGUGCCUCCUGUCCCUGUACCCCAUCCCGGAGCCAUCCCUGAAAUCCCAAAUCCAGCAGCGGGAUCAGGGUUGGUGCCUCCUGUCCCUGCUCUGCUCCAGCCCUGGGAACGGGAACCGGUUCCAGUGGAUCUCAGAAGAUGCUGAACCCCAAAUUUGUCACUGCAACCUGAGCAACCCCGCGGGCUGGAGAGCAGCACAGACCUCGCUCACCUGCACAGGAAUUUUGGGGAAUUUGGGGCUCUGGGCAGCGCUGGGCGUGGGGCUGAUCCUGAUCCUCGUUCUGAUUGUGAUGCUUGGGGUCUGGAGGAGGAAGAGGAGGAAGGAGAAUUCCCGGGAAGAUCCCCCCGGAGCCCCCGCGGGAUCCCUGGAGCCCCUGAGCGUCUACGCCGAGGUGGGAGCCAGGAACGCCUCCAUGCCCCGCAAGGACGACGGCACCACCAUCUACACCACGGUCACCCCCCGGACCCUGGAACAUCCCCGGAACCGGGAGCAGCCCGGCAGCGUCACCGUUUACGCCACGGUGCAGAGGCCUUCCUCCAUGAAGAGGAAGAGGUUGGAGCGAGCCUUGGUCUCCACUGCCUACCUGGAGGAUAAUGGGGAUUAUGGGAAAUUUGGUUUUCCAAAUCCCAAAUCCUGAAAUCCCAGAAUUCUCCUUGCUAUGGAAUUCAACUCCAGCGUCGACUAGGAUUCCACAUGACAGAAAAGGAAAAAUCGGAAAUUUGGGGUUUUUCUCCCCAAAAUUCAGCC